GGCGGCAGGCACCUCAAACGUUUGUUUGUGGACCGCCAUUAUACGCAUAGAAGUAGGGUUGAUAUACGUUAUCGUGUGUCGUCGUCCUAGUAGCAGUGAGGUGAGUUUGUGGAAUCUUACUACGGCAAUGUAUUCGUUAUUUCGAAUUGUUUUAUGCCAAAUUAACUAGCUCAACUUGCUUUACGAUAAUUGUAUUACAUUAAUUUUCCAUUCUUAUUUUGGUCGUUAUAUUGAACUAGCUAUCUAUCAUAGCUAACGUACUUAGCUAGCUAACGUUAGCUAAGUUGGCUUGCUAACGUCGUUAGCCACCCAGUCAGUCGACGCUGAGAUGGAGGAAGUCUUACCUACUUUCGAUAUUCCAUAGCUAACUAGCUAACCACUCCGCUUUCCACCUUUGCUUACUAGACAACAGCUUGCCAGACUUUAGAAAUGUGAACUUUGACAUUGAACAAAGUUUGCUGCCUAACUAACAUUCAGUAAUUGCUGGGCCAGUUUAAAUUACAUUUCACUAGUUAGCUAGCUAACAUUAGCUAUAUAACAUUAACCAGUGCAUUUCCUGUCAAUGCCGCCCACUCACUUAGCGUCACGACUUCAUUUGCAGCCAAACUGGUAUAUUGACAUGCCUAUCCUCUGUCACAGGCUCUGAGUUGACAUAAAGAUGGUGAAAAUCUUUAUUGGAAACCUCCCUAACGAGGUUGAAAAGGAUGAGAUCGAGGCUCUGUUUACUCAACAUGGCACAGUGACAGAAUGUGCAAAGUUCAAAAACUAUGCCUUUGUCCACAUGGAUGACCGCAAGUCUGCCACCAAAGCCAUCCGCAGCCUGCACCUCUUCAAGCUUCAUGGCAGGCCAAUCAAUGUGGAGCCGAGCAGGGGGAAGAAUCAGGGUCCAGUGAAACUUCACGUGGCCAAUGUGGAGAAAGGCAGCGACGAUGAGCUCCGCACUCUGUUUGAGGAGUAUGGAACAGUGACAGAAUGCGCCAUCAUAAAAAAUUUCGCAUUCAUCCACAUGUCCAACUCAGAUGAGGCCAAGGAUGCCAUAAAAGGAUUAGACAACACCGACUUCCAAGGUAAGAAAAAUACCCUCAUUAAGAUUUACGAUUGAACCAUUGGAAAGUCCUGAAGUUAAAUAUGGACUUUAGUUUUGCAUGUCACUGUCUGAGUGUUAAUCAAGGUUUUCCUUUUUAGGCAAACGGAUUCACGUUCAGAUGUCAAAAAGCCGUCCCAGGGGGGAGGAAGAGGAUUACGGCCCCCCACCAGAUAGGGGUGGAUACUGGCCUCCACCCCGUGGCUACCCCGGGGACAGGGGGCUGCCUGAGCCCCCUCAUUACAGAGGUCGCAUGUCAGGGGGAUACCCCGGCCCCCCUCCACCACCACCUCCCCCUAGACGAGCCCCUUACCCCCCAGAGCGUUCUUAUGAGCGCGAGAGAGAAAGCUAUGGGGUGGUGGAUUACUAUGAGAAGUACAGAGCUCGGCCUGCCCCUUACGGUGGCCUUUCAGGCUAUGGAGAUGAAAGGCGCGUUGGCUCCAUACCCCCUCCACCACCCCCUUCUGUCAUGGUUAGGGAGCGCCUUACGGCCUCCUCCCUCAACCCGUACGAGCGUCGCCCCCUCCCCCCUCCGUCCUCCUACUAUGCCCGUGAUCGCAGUCCCAUCAGAAGACCCCCUCCUCCCCCCAUGCCCCCCGCGGGUAACGGCUACUCCUAUGAGCGCUCUCGGCUCUCUCCUCUGUCCAGGCCAGCGAUGUACAACCUACCACGUACCAGAGACCCCUAUGCUGACAGGGUGCCUCUGCCGCCUCCUGCCCGCUACUCUUACUGAACCCACACUGGUGCUUGACUCAAGGUGAGAUAUCAGAAACAGGGUAGUACACUAUGCAAUUACACUCCAUAUCUAGCUCACUUAAAACAAUGGGGAGGGGAAGGUUUGAAUUAGGAGUUAAUCCUCAUUGACGUUCAGUGUCUCGCUUAAAAUACCAGACUAGAAAAGCUUCAAAUGCAUUGUUUCACCAUAUCAUUAGCUUUUUACAAACUCUCCAAAUCUGCUUCAACUGAACAAUGUGAAAUCGUAAUAUGCCUUUAAAGAAUGCUGGAAGUUUUUACUGAACCUCAGCGCGUUCCUCCAUGAGUAAAAUGCGCUUGACUUGUGUGGUUUGCUCUCUUUCCAGGGUUAAAUUAUCCGACAAGAUCGUCGUCUCCUGAUGCACGUGGCACUAUACCCCCCC